GGCCACGCCAAUCAAAUAGACCCAACUCCCAACAUGGCGGGCGCGGAUAUCGAACCAGUCGCUGUGUUCUUUACGUUAGCUGCAGGUGUCGUGAUUAAGUACAUAUUGUCAGCGAUCGUGGGCUCCAGAAAGAGAGAAUAUGAGUUGGUGGGAGAGGUGGCGAGUUUAACAUGCUACCCGAUCAAGUCGUGCGGGGGUUUCAACGUCGAGAGCGGAAAUUGUACGAAUCUAGGUCUCCAAGUUGAAAACGGCGUUAUAGACAGACACUGGGUGGUCAGUGACGGCAGCUACAACAUGCUGUCCUCCAAUCAGAUGCCUACUCUGGCCCUGGUCAGAACCAAGUGUAGCCAUGGACAGUUGAUCCUCGACGCUCCGGACAUGCCGACUCUCACGUUGCCGGCGUCCCCCGUCGUUUUAAGAAGCAAAGUUGUGAACGUUGUCAGCAGCAGCGGCAAGACCCAGCUCGAGGGUCUGGACUGUGGGGAGGAACCAGCCAGCUGGUUCAGCAAGUACCUGGGGCGGGAGGGGGUCAGGCUGCUCCACUCAGCCCCCGGGCUACAGAAGAGGGACAUCACACAGGAGAAGAAGGCCUGGGGGAGUCCGGCUAUUGCUGGCGACCAGGCCGCGUACAGCGACUUCUGUGCCUACCUGUUGAUGUCGGAGACGUCCCAGGCGGCGGUCAACGAGCAGCUGCAGGAGCCUCUCUCCCUCCAGAGCUUCAGACCGACCAUCGUGGUCAAGGGAAGCCGACCAUACGACGAGGACGAGUGGCAGUCGGUAAAGAUCGGGGACAACGCCGUGCUCCGGACAUUGUAUUGUACCCCGAGAUGUAUAAAAGUUAACAUUGAUUUCAAAACCGGCCAACGGAUUAAGGAAAACAAGCCACUGGACUUUCUGAGGACGAUCCGAUGUGUUCCACGGUUCGGGAAGUCCCCCAUUCUCGGGAUCAGCUCGGCGCUCGACCAGGGCGGGAGUGUCCGAGUAGGCGACCCAGUCUACGCUAUGAGGGCGUAAAAAUGUGGAAUGGACAUUAUCCGGAUGACGCACGAACAGAGUCCGUUUCCUAGCUUUCCCUUUAUUGUGGGGCGCUGAGAAUAUAUUCUAGAUUCAUCUUGUGCUUUUCUUUACGGAAUGUUUCAAGGUCUGUGCCCUGAAAUUGAAAAGAAUUGUAAAAUUUUAUGGACGGCUGUGCGCUUAUUUUCAACAUGAGAGGAUUACGAAUACUUACGAUAAUAAUUACGAGAUAGUUAAAAAGUUCAGUUUCCACCCUUGCCGAACUGGACUGGAAUAUAUCAUGGAGUUAUAGUUUGGCUGGACUAACGAUUCUAUACAUAGUCCAAUAAAAAUUCCGUAACGAUAUCGACAGCCGGUUCAACGACAGGGCUACUGCCAUGCCGAAUUCGUUCGAUUGCAAGAUUUCCAGAGCAUGUGUACGUCAGAUAGGCGUCGGCAGAUAUUUUCCAAAAUGUUUCAAAUGUUCAAAUGCUCAAGUGAUAUGAUGCACUUUGCGAGGUCAGACCUGUUUUAUUACAAUAAAGAUCUUCUUUAUUGAUAGAUCUCCAGAUUAUUGAUUAUUUUCUUGGAAGCAAAUGCAAGUGAUAUGAGAGAUGGAAUCUGAUUGGUCUGUAUGGGGCACAUUGAAGGGACAUAACUCGUAAUAGCAACUGGUGGCGCUACAAUCGAGCUUGGAAAUUCCAGCUUAGUUCGGCAAGGGUGGUAACUGGACUUUUAAAGUCAAUUACUCCCUUGCCUCGGGAAGAUGGUAUUACACCGAUUCCGUGAAUUACAAGAAUGCAGAAUGACAGGUAACCCUGUCUGUAGUGCUCCCCGUAUUCGGAUCCUGCUUGUUAAGUAUUGUCCAGCCAGGCUUUUGCUUGGCGUUACCCAAGAUAUGGCCAUCUUCCGUACAAAUAUCCUUUUUACGGGUUUUCAUGGUGUAAAUUGUCGUAUGUGUUUACUGCUGUGUGACGCACUGUUUGAUAUGGACUAUACAAAUUCGUCAGGUUGAAUUAUGUUGAAUUAGUGAUUUAAAUAAUCGAGUCUGGACCAGACAAUCAAGUGAUUGACAUGAGCAUCGAACUUCACAAAUGAGAUACGAUGACAUGCAUCAACCAAGUCGGCGAGCCUGACCACCAGAUCCCGUUUGUCGCCUCUUACGACAAGCCUAGUCGCCAUUUUCGGCAGUCUGCCUGUGUGACCUCGUGUACAUGUGUGUGUCCGUUAACUUUCGUCUUCUCCAAACCAGCUGAAGGAAUGUACCUGAAACCGAUGUGUUCAUGGCCUUUUUAAAAAAUAAAAAACCCAAUGAUUCAAGCUUCAAA